AUCCCUAUAAGUACAUUCUGGGCCGUUGAACUCAUGGAAGCUACAUCGACCUCCUUUCUCUUGCACCAAGGUUAAAAGACCCAGACCAGUCCUCAAACUAACCAAUCCAACCGCCUCCUGCUCCACCCAACAACAACCAUGUCCGGCCUUAUCCCCCUGACAAUCAUUAAGGGCGCCGGCUUCGAGCACAUCCCCCUCCCGACGGGUGAAAACGCAACAGUAGCAGAUUUCCACACGACCCUCACACAAACCCCCUCCUCAAACCCGACACCCAUAACAUCCGGCUUCUACAAGAUCGUUGCCGGUCCUGCGCGCUCGGCAUCGUACACCUUCGAGGAGGCAAAGUACGUGCUGCAGGGCCAGAUCGAUAUCCUGGAUGAAGCGACGGGCAUCACGCAUCACCUCGUUCCAGGCGACUAUGCCUUCUUCCCCGUGGGGUCGCAGGUACAGGUAUGUCUUCCUUACCGCUUCUUUUAGAAUGGAAGAAGAUGGAAAAUGAAGCCAUGGCACUGAUGUGUGACAGUUUUCUACCAAGUCGGCAGGGUUUGCGUUUUAUGUCGUAACCCGGCCGGUGAAGGCGGCUCAUCCCAAUCUGGAAGGGCGAGAGGAGAGUGCUGCAGGGGCGAGGGCGAAGCUAGAGCUUGUGUAUAUGAU